GGGAGAUACCAAAACUCGAACAUAAAGAAGCGCCCCUUGAUAUAGUAUUUGAUCGAUUGGAGUUACAAAAAAAUUCACCGAAACACGGAGACGCAAAGGUCCGGUUUUUUGUUGCUGUCAAAGAUAGUACUUUUAGAGUUAUAUUGUACUCAAGCACUUUACUCACCACAGCUCAAGGCACUCAAACCACAGACCUUACUGAAGAAUACACAGUUCAAAGUUCUAGCAACAUGGCUCAAAGCACCUCGAGCAAGUCUAUGAUAACUACUCGUGAACCUGACCAAGAACCAUCAGCCGAUCAGCCCGAGACUAACGCCAUGGCUCAAAACACUCAGGACACCAUGGCUAAAGACACUACAGCUCAAAACAUUACAAGCACACUUGACGCCCUUCAUCUUGACCCUCCAAUCACUCCACCCGAAACUGUGGAAUCCCUUCGUGCAUAUGAAAAAGAGCCAGGCGAAGCACAGAAGUUUUUAGAUCGCAUGGUACAUGGCUUCACGUGGCCCGCUUCGAUGUCUGAUUGCAUGAGACGUCAGGUUUUCUGCGGGUUCACUGAUGAUUUUAACUCUCCUGAAGGUAGCGUGGAGCGAGAAGUCGCGGCAAAUUUUCUUUACUUCUACAACAGUCUCGAGGCGGGCAAGUUUGAUGAACAUCAGAAAGACUGGGUACUGGUGGACGGACAGAAGGUAGUAAAGUAUGGGUCAGAUGAGUAUACGAAUCAGCAAUUAUCAGACCUCGAAGAGGAAAUGCCUGCUGCCAUUUAUCUCCCAGUUGAUCCAUUAGUUCGUGAAAAUUAUCUUCUUUAUCCAGCCCCCGUGUGA